CCAUGAAUCCUCGCUCCCCCUGCGAAUAACUUUUGUUAGUGUUGGAAAAUUGAUUUUUUAAGGAUCCGUUUUCUAUGGCUUUUAUUGCACAUUAUUUCAGCUCGAGAAACAGCCAGUUCGGAAACGAAAGUGCUCGUUGACAUGGACGACUCCUUGUGCUAGUCCUCCGUUACCGUAUCGCCUCUUCACCGGUGCUGUAUUUACUCUUCGCCUAAUCUUCUUGCUUUGAUUAACCUACAAUGAUUUGGGAGCCAUUUACCGGUGAAUGCAAGUGGGCACUUGGUACGUUACCUUGAAUACGUCACUCAUUUCGAUAAACAGUGAUCCAAAGUUCAUCUGACAACAACAGUCUCUAUUUGAACUUGGAUGUCGGUGACCUGGUGUAUCUACGUCGUCACACUUCAGGUAAUGUGUUUCCUCCUCUGUGAUGAAAAAUCACUUCACUAUUACAGAUUGGUAUUAUGGAUUCAAGGCUACCUGUUCUUCACGUUGCGGGGCCUUUCCCAAAGUUUGUGUCUGUGUUAGCCGCAGCGAAUUUUGGUCUGAAUUUAACGCGGAAAUUCACAUAAUGUUCUCAAAAUUGACCUCGAGUUUCGUGGCUGCGGAGCUCAGUCGAAUAGAUGAAGUGUCUGGAUUCAUCUCUAGAGCUGUGGAUUUAAAGAGUUCACUGAGUGGCAGAAUUACAGAGCGUGAAGCCGAGGAGAAUUUACAGAACCUCGUGACCCAGUUGACACUUGGCCAAAGGGAAUUGGAUUUGCCGAUACUAGUGCGAGAUGAGAAAUUUGAACCAGUUGAUCCGCGCGCGGAAAUUUUGGUAGACCUUCACAAGCGGUACAUCACGCUGACCAAGCAAAUCAAGGAUAUGAAAUUAAAAUCGGAACCUUUCAGCGUUCUGUUCCAAUUCGACCACUUACCGCAAGCGGAGUUGGUUAUGUAUUUGGCAAGUCAGUCCAUCACAAAGGAGGGUGUCAGAGGUGAGACCGUGGGUGCUCUCAGCCCCAGCGCGUUUGAUCCAUUUGUAUAUGACAGAGGAGCUCAUGACUCGGCCGCAAACGCUACGACCACUUAUCAACCUUUGCCAAGUAUCAAGCGACUGACCGAUAAUGUGAUCCUCAACGGUUAUCAUCGAGUUGCUGAGGAGGUGGUUUUCACGGAUCUCAACCCAGUCCAACCAUCCGAAGAACGGAUUCUACUCAUGGUAAUGGUGAACCGCUUAGGCUUCAGUCAGUCGAAACGCUCAAAGUCAGGGAAGAAAAGCUCAGUUACUGCUCCCCAACAGUUGGUUCAGUCUUCUUUGCGCCGACCGUACGGAGUAGCUUGUGUUGACAUCACCCGUGCUCUGGUAUCGGAUUCGAAGCGAAGCUCUAGCUGGUUCAUGGAUGUCACCUCAUUGACCCGCGUGAUUAAACCAUGUCGAAACAUUACCAUAACUGUAACUGGUGAACAGUUCCAAUCAGAAUGCCUGUCUCAGUUGGCCAAUCAAACUCCAGUUGCCUACUGGACUGCUAGCCGUGAACCAAGUACGGUCCAGACUGCAAGUACCUCGAACAGUAGUACUAGUCUCGGCUCUCAACUCUUGGGUGAUGCUCCCAUUAAUGAUUUCGAGCUGAAGUCAGUUGAAUUGGUGAAUCCAUUACAAUAUCAAACAAUUAGCCGCAACGCGACAGAUGGUCCAAUUCGCUGUGGUCGUCGCUACGCAAUGUCUAAUUGUUCUCCAGCAAUCCGUGAUAUAGCUCGCCAAGAGGUGUACAUCACUUUGGUGUCAGGGGAAUUUCCCAAGGGAGCCAAACAGCAGGAGAAAAACAUUGAGGUCGAAAUUAGCCUUCGAGACAGCUCGGGAAAUCUGUCGUCGGAUGAUCGGUACUGGAAUAGAAACUCCGCUCAGCUGUAUAAGUCAACUGUCUACUAUCACAGAAAUCGUCCCCGUUGGUCGGAGCUCUUCGUGAUACCUUUACCUGCAUCUUCGCGGAGAUGCAGUUCCCAAACCAUUCGCACGCAUAAGUCUACACCUCCGGACCGACAGGCAACGGAGCAAACAGUACCGGGAGCAUUGACAUGGGAUCAUUUACGCUUCGUCUGUCGCCACAAGUCAGCCAACACAGAAUCAAGAGAUAAACUUCUUGGUGUGGCAUUCCUGCGUCUCCAACCGAGUACCGCGAUUCCUGUUCUUCUGGCCGACGGGCCGUAUCAGCUGUUGGUGCACAAUAUGGACCUGAACCAAAUCGAAUCUUGUGCCUAUCUACGUGAGACCUCCUACACCUCUGGUCCUGGAGCUUGUGGCAGUAGCAGUUCCAGUUCGCAAGGGUUCUCUUCGACAGCUGUGCCCAAACAAUGCUCCGGAAUAUUGACAAUUGAGACCUGUGUUUGUAGCAGUGAACACACGACGGAUGAACACUUAACCAAAGUCAUAUUUUGGCGCAGAUACCAAGAAGACCUACAUAUGUCCUUACGCCAAGGUAUUUAUCUGGCAUGGAAAGAUGCUGAGCUCCGAAAGUUCGCUCGUCCACUGGUGGACAGUCUUCUACAAAUUCUGGACUCAACAGUCGUCAUAGACACUGCUAGCUCACGAUCUUCAACGAAACUUGACGUGAGGCUGGGUCACAGUGUUCUAAUGGCUUUGGCUCGUUGUUAUCGAGACAUGCUCAUCACCGAAAUGAUCAAGACUUAUCUGCUCACACCCAAUUUCAAUUACCCUACCAUUUACAUUCCGUAUCUACGAUUGCUCAACUCCAUUUUGCAAGAUAUCCUCGUUUCGAAACUCUACUCUGAUCAGUUGGAAGAGCAGGAGACUUCUGCUGAUGGAGGAAACCUGAAAAUGAGGGAUGUACACAACAUAUUUAAAAAAAUCUACUGGGCAUUCCUCAUUAUAGUUCGAAGUCGGCAACUGGAGCUUCGAGAUGAAAAGACUAUUUCGGAUACCGACUUCAUAGAGCCUGACAAAGAAUCGCCUGAUGGUUUCAUCUACCAAGUUGACUUAUUUUUUGAACAAGCCAUUGCUGUUAUAUCAUCGGCCAACGACCAACAAAUGAGGACUAUCCUACUUCACUGUAUUCCAGAAGUGUUCAAAGAUCUCCUGACAGUCUACCCUGCAAUAAAGCUUGCCAACUGGUUACUGAGACUGAUGGGCACACGCGCCCAGGAGUCUUGUGGAUUAGAGAAUCACAAACUACUUGAAAAGAUCAUUCUGUCACAACUGUUCGAUCAACCCGAGCCGCGGAAAACUCUCCUCUUUACAGUACAACAAAGUUUGACCACCUACUUUGCGGAAAUACUAUCCAAGGAACUGGUACCCGGACGGACAGAGACGAAUUUGUUAGUGGAGACAUGGUGUGACCUCCUCUUAUCAUUCGUCAGUCGGGUAAUCCAGGCAAACAUUGCGGAAACUCAGGAGGACAACGAGAAUGAUUGUUCCGAAAAUAUCGAAACGCCAGUGAUGGAAUCGGGGCGCACAACCACUGUGGAGCUUCACGAGUUGCUCAUCACAAAUGGGUUUCUGCGUUGGUGUUUGCAACAGUUAGCUCGUGUCUACUUGUUCAUCAAGCGAGAGGACACGUCUGUCCGAUUAGACUGUUUCGAUGUUCCAGAUCCCCAAAUGACAUCCCGUCGGACUGUAUACUUACCUAAGACGCGCGUUCAACGCCCAAUGGAAUCCAAACCAUCUUUUGUUCAUCAGCGAUUAACUCCCAUUUUGGGUUGUCUGGCAAGUGUGGUCCUAACUCUACUGCAGCAGUUAGAUCGAACUGCUUGGCUGUCUUUUCUGUUGCCAUCAGGCGCAGCACAAAGCCAGACCGCGGUAUCCGGAGGAGUGACAACAAUCUGCUCCUGUAAUGUAUGCAAUCAGCUUCGUUUCAUGGAUCUGUACGAUGUGAUUCAUGAGCUAUGCUCCCUGUUCGAUCUCAUACAUCGACGACCGCCCUAUCCGGCACCACAAACAUCUUCGUCUUCCUCAUCCUCGUUCCAGUCAUCUUACCCUUCCAACCGUUUAUCUCAAGAAACUUCCGACCGAAGUCUGCACUGGAUGAAUCAAGGUCCAGAGAGGUACCGAGGGAAAAGUUUGAACCAGUUGGCUGAUGCGUGGGUUGAAAUGUUGGCGGCUGCAUCAGAUAUUGAAUUGCAGCUAUUGAAUUUAUUGAUCGAUUUGCUCUUUGUCAAAAAACACAGUGUAAACCCGACUGAAAAGGACACGACUGAACCUGUACAGCCGCUACUUCGAGCAGACCACUGGUUGACCAUGCAACUGGUGUACAUGAUUCAACAAUGUUUGGCCAGUUUUGUCGUUUCACAGACUCAUCUCUCCGUGGAAGCCUUGCCCUCGGUUAUUCGUCUACGUGUGGACCCUAGUUUGGUCGAUCGAGGUGUUGAUCAUCGUCAGGCUGCUUGUGAUCUACUACUUUCUUUGUGGCGUGCCACGGUGCCGAAUUCUGAUGAGGCGAUAAAACAGCAAUACGUUUCAAUGUUCCUACCCACUGUGAUUGAUAUGGCUACUUUACCGCUGCCUAGCAUGCGAACCAGCUGUGUCAAUCUUAUUUUUGAAGCAAUUUGUGCAACUCCAGCCUUCGUUGAACGUAAUUUCGUUAGCGAGGUAGAUCGGGUGAUGCCGUGGGCCGGUGUAACUUUUGCGGGAGAUUUGUGUCGCACAUUGGAAGAUCGCUUAGCGCAGUCUCGUCAUGAGCUUACGAAUGACACCAAGACCACAAUGGUCCCGCUGGAUGAGACAAGACGUCAGCUGGUAACUGACCUGAUCAGACAGGUGAAAGUCCUAGUCAGCUACGGCGAGUUUUUCAACCAUUCUUCAAAGAUGAGCGAGAUGUUGGCCUUACACAACUUACGAUGCGUGUACGAAAAAAACAAUCGGCAGGACAUGACUCUUCGUUACUUGUUUCGCCUGGAAAGCCUUCACGCACAGUGUGGUAACGACACCGAACGUGGUUACACGUUACAGGCCAUCAGCAAAUUCUACUCGUGGUCCGAUGAACCGGUCGAUACAAGUAACAUUUCGCAACAGUACUGCAGAGAUGCAACGUCCUCACGUAGUCUGCGCGAGAAAUUGUUGCUCGGUGCGCUUGAAUACCUCAAACGAGGCACUGAUUGGGAACGGGCCAUUGAAGUCUGCGACGAAUUGAUUGAAUUGCAUCGUGUCAUUCACCCUGAUUACACGAAACUUAGUGACAUUUUGAAACAACAGGCGGAACUGUAUCCACGUAUUGUGAACCAGCAGGGCUCCAGAGCUGUUUACUACUACUAUGUGCUCACCUUCCUUGGCCCAUGUUUCCCCUCCUUUCUUCGGGGUCGUUUCGUUUACCGGACAAAGGACGCAUCGACUAAAGUGCGUGAAAUGCUCAUGGACCAAUUUCCACAAGCCACAUUCACAAACACUCAGCCAGAUCCAACACAACCUAUUGAUCGUCCACUCAUCGUGGCUACCGGCAAUUUGACCCCGCAACCCAACAUUCCGGAACACUUGACAGGACAUGGCGUAGACAUGCAAAUAAAGAGCUACUAUCUACGAAAUCAGGUGAAUUGCUUCUCCUGUAUCCGACAUUUCCCCGAACCAACCACGGACUGCGACGGUCGUGGAGGGGGAUCUGUUGCUGAAGAGACUCUGUAUCACGUGGAAAACCGGAUGCCCAACAUCAUGCCCAUCGUACCGGUGGUUCGAGUGGAAACGCGCUCGUUGGAUCGAACACAAAUGGCAAAUAUCAACGUACAAGAAAUGAUCAGAAGAUUGGAAGAUGGUAUUUCACAGGCUUUCAAAGACAACAGCACGAAGCUCAUGAUUGUCACCCUCACUUCAUCAAUUACCUCUCCGGUUUCUGGAGGUCUCCCAAGGCUAUUGAAGGACGUAGAACCUUCGGAUGACCUUGGUGAAGAAAGUAACUUUGUAAAACUUGCUGACAGUGUUAUGGAGUUACUGGAGCUUCAGCUACGUGGUUUGAACUUCUGGUACAAACUCGAUCCACCCCCGGUCCAUGGAGCUCAAUUCGGUCAGGGCAAAGUUGAUGGGAAUGAGGCACUAAAAAAUCUUGUCCAGGAGUACGGACGUCUCGUACGGGACAUGAGCAGAAAGUUUGGCUUUUCGGUGACCCAUUUGAACGCCGAACACUUACUUUAUGGUCCUACGAUUUCGAUGGAACGACGUAAUAGCACGAAUGCUCCAAUCACGCUACGACAUCCUCAGAUCCAAGCCCAGAAUUCUGUUCAGCCAAGCACGGCCCGUCCUUUUCCCUGCAUGGACGGAUCCCAGUUGCCGGAAUCAUGUUCCACACUGCGUGUCGAUAGACAUCGGACUGGGUCGCGACCUUCUGUGGAUCACGUAUUUCCUGCUCCAGGAGACGGCACUUCAAUGCGAACUGCUCCUUCGGAUACCAAAGCGCCCACGCAAUCGCCCUCAUCUGACCCACCACCUCUCCCCGCACGACCAGAGACACUUACUAAACCUGAUCUUACUCCGGAAUAUAUGGCCGGCAUUGAACGUACGACUUACGACACCAAGUUAACAUCGAUGCGUGUACGCCGGGAAUCCGUCGGAGUGUCUGAGCGGACAUUGGCCACUCCGGUACCGACCACAGCGGCACUGCGUGCCACCGAUUCGUCGAUGGUUGUGGAUCGUCGACUGCCUGUGUCUGUCAGACGUCGACCCGACGAUGAAAGUGCUCCUCCGUUACCCCCUCGACCCUCGAUAUCCAACCGUUGACGCCGCCUGCCUGCUUGCAAUAAACCACCGACAAAUGAGCUCCGAGAUCUUCGUAAGAACUCGUCAACGAGUGUCCGAUGUCUUCCUCAUUCUGGCUCCACUUUCCUACCGGUAUCUUCCGAACCUUUUUGAAAAUGCACAUUGAUUUAACCUGAUCGUGUAAUUGUAUCUAUCUCUUCUGAUCUGACUCUGAACAAGGUUAAUUUACUUAUGUUUCCAAUACUAUCACCACUGCCGAUUUUACUAUUCCUUCCUACUAAACUCCAGACACUACACGUCCAGUGAUUCGCCUUUUUUGUGUGUGAAUCUCACACUGGCGCCACCUACGGCAUCUCAAUCACCGUUAUUUUAGUGCGAAUAAAUCUUCACAUAUGCGCGUUUUGUCUGUCAGUUUUCAGUACACUUGUCACGUUUUUGUGACACUUAUGGAAUUCCAUCCAUUUUAAUGGAAUCUCCUGUUUAACAGCAAUGCUACGAAUUGACUUCCCAAUUUCAUGAAUCGAGUGUCCGAACGGUCUCUUUCUAAAGGAGACUGGACAGAUAGAGAACAUGAACCAUUCCAAGGCCUGUGUGCAAUAUUUGGUAGCUAGAAAUUGGGUUAGCUAACAAGAACAACAAGCGAGAGAGGUCAUCCUUCAACAGCAGGCAUAUCGGAAGCUACUUUCGUCUGUGACAAGCGUC